AUCAUCGUCGCAAGUUGCGGAAUCGACCAGAGCCGAUUCCGGCCGAUUCCAAAUCCGGUAGCCAUGCUUGUUUUGGUCGGUGCCGGUGAGCAACGUUUUGCGCGAGUUUGCUGCGGGUGCAGAGAUCCUACCACUGUGGAUCCUACUUACAUAUGACGGGUCGUUUGAUCUGAUUGACGAAGGCUGUCUUCAGUGUGCAGGCAUGUCGUUGUUUCGGAAGCCAAACCGCAAGUUCCGACAGCGAUUGCAGCACAGCGACAGCGAGGAUGAAGACGAGAGAGAAGAGAUUGCAGUGGUCAGCUUCGUCGAAAAGUCUCCGCCGCGGCCGGAGCCCGUGUCCGCGAACAUUUCCGAGGCGGUUGACGUCGACAAAGCAGAAUCCAAAGCCCCUGCCUCACUCCUGAGCUUCGGAGAUGACGAGGAUGAGACGGAGGUGUUCAAGGUGAAGAAGUCGAGCUACAGCCGGCGUCUGGCCAAGCAGCUGGAGCGGGACCGCAAGAAGAAGCUCAAGGAGGCCGUCAAGGCGGAGACGAAGCCCGAGAAGGAGGCCACCCCUCCCCCCGCUGCAGUCCCCGUCGAAAAGGCGGUCGAGAGCAAGAGCCCACGGCCCUUCAGCGACGAGUUGGAGAUCAAGAUCAAGAACACAAUCAAGAUACUGAACUCGGAAGAGAUGAAAGACCUCGACGGCAGCUCGGGCUCGGACAAGGACGGAGACGACAAUGGCGAGGGCAUCAGGUUCCGCAGGUUCAAGAACGUCAUACAGAGCGGUGUAAUCCCAGACGCAGCCACCAUCUACGCCCUCAAGAAACAGCGGCAGAUGGCUCGAGAGAUGGGCGACUUUGUGCCGCUGGAGCCGCAGGAACCCGAGGAGAAGUCGCGUCUGACCAGGAACGAGGACGAAGACCAGAGCGACGAAGAAGAAGGCCGCAUCAACUUCACGGUGAACACGGGCGCCCUGGAGAAGCAGCGUGCCCGUGAGGCCAUGAUACAGGCCCAGGAAGAGAACAGCAACCACGAAAACGAGCAUGAAGAUGUGGCCGAAUUGGAGCGCUGGGAGCAGGAGCAGAUGAAGAAGGGCGUGAGCACGGCCCCCAUUGUUGCAAUGACAGACAGCAGCACCGCUGUGCCCCAGCCCAGCAUCCCAAACUAUUUCACCAACUACCCUCCUGCCGAAGCUGACACUGACACCGUACAGACUUACCAGGUACCCAAGGACAAGGGGGAUCUCACCACAGAAAUGAUAACCAAGAGAGUUACUGACAGGCUGGCCAGCGUCCGGGAGCUGCUUGCCCUCCAUGAGCAACAGAAGACAACGGCCCUGCUGGAUCUGGAAGCCUCUGCUGAGGCCAUAGAGCAGCUGCAGGAAGAGCAGCCCAAGCUGGCCGCACGCUUCCACUUUUUUCAGGAGAUGCGGGGCUACGCCACCGACCUCAUCGAAUGCAUCGAUGCCAAGAUGCCGGUCCUCCUUGCGCUGGAGGGCCGCAUGAUGUCGCUGCUGUGUCAGCGCAGCGAGCGUCUUGUGCAGCGGAGACACCAGGACAUCAAGGACCAGGCCGAGGAGUGCACCCUGGCCGUGAAGAACCUGAAGGGGGCACCCAACCUGGCGGACGUCGGACCGAAGGGGAACAACUCGCGCAACUGGAGAGCUGCCGAGCGGGAGGGCCGCAGGGUCCGGAGGCGGAAAGCCCGGGAAGCCAAGAAGAGCUGCACAACCCUGGCGCAUCAGGAGGGCAUGUCGACGGACGACGAGCAGCCAGACACGGAGGUGCUCGCCUUCAACAAAGAGAUAGAGGUGAUUCUGGACGACGCCCGGCACGUGUUUGAGGACGUGACGGAGGACUUCAGCAGCGUGACUGCACUCAAGCUGAAGUUUGAGCGCUGGAAGCUGGAGUUUGAGGAGUCGUACGAGCAGGCCUACAUCCCCCUGUGCCUGGUGAAGCUGCUCGUGCCCUUCGUCCGGCUCCAGCUGGUCACCUGGAACCCCGUCGACAAACCCGAGAGCCUGGAGAGCUGUCCCUGGUACGAGGCCCUCCUGUUCUACGGUGACUCGAGCGAAAACCUGGACGUCGAAGACCCCGACCUGUGCCUCAUUCCCCGCAUCGUGGAACGAGUGGUGUUGCCCAAGAUGGCCGCCCUGGCAGAGAAAGUGUGGGAUCCGAUGUCAAGCAACCAGACGCUGAACCUGGUGCGGACGGCCAAGAAACUGGUUGAGGAUUACCCCAUGGUUGGGGGACACAGCCGCCAUAUGCAGAAUUUCUUGGCCAAGGUGGCUGCUCGGAUUCAGAGGGCCAUCGACGAAGACGUCUACAUCCCCCUCUACCCCAAGGAGGUACUGGAGAACCGAGCAGGUGUGGCAGCAGCCUUCUUCCAUCGACAGUUCUGGUCUUGCCUCAAGCUGAUGAAGAAUGUGCUGAGCUGGCAGGGCCUGCUAGCUGAGGACCCGCUGAAGGAGCUGUCUCUGUGCAGCCUGCUGAACCGCUAUCUCGUGUUUGCCCUUCAGUCCUGCAUCGGGCAGAGAGACACCGUGGAAAAGUGUAAAACGGUGGUGCUAACCCUGCCCACGUCGUGGAUCCGUGGCCCUGGCACUCCACUUCCGCAGCUGGACCUCCUGCUGCGCUUCCUCAAGCUCUACCAGCAGCACCUCUAUAAGCUCUCCUCCACCGUGGGGGACCUCUCGGAGCUCCACGGGAAUGCCAGAGAAAACCUUGAGGAGGUGAACAAGCUGGUGGCGUCACUCACUACGUCCACCGAACAGACCAAGUCCAAGGGAAAGAAGUGAAGUGUCCAGCCUUGUAAUGGUAUCUUUCUUGCGGGGCUGCGUGCGACGAGCUGACGACCUGACCGAAACAAUUAUUUUCCGGGAGACGGGGGCAAGACCCCAGACUGGCAACCCCGAAGACAGCUGGGAUCUUUGGUUUGGCAUGAGGCACCCCAGAAAAAAGGGAGGAUCUCAACCUUUCGGAAAAGAACGUCUUUCCAAACAUCCGGCCAAAGAAGAGAGGGCUUUCACUCGCUUGGACCGAGUACCUGGCAUUCCUCAACUUCACACUGGACUGUGAGCCAAACUGGGAGUUUGGCUGCCUUCGUGGCCGUGUCGGUUGUCCUUGUGUGCACCUGGUGACUGAGCUUCCACUGACUUUUUUUUAAUGCCUUCGGGGUUGUACUGUUUCCGUGUGUGUGUGUGUUUUUUUGUCUUCUGCAUACAGAAACCACAUUUGACAUCUGAAAUAAAUCAUUCUCACUGCAGAUUAAAAUGGCCGUCAUUGGUGGGUA